AUGGCCCGAAAACGCACUUCCACUGCCAACACUACAAGUGUCUGUAGUGGACGUAGCAAUAGCCGUCUGCAAGCAGCGGACAAAUUUGAGAAUCCUUUCCUCGAAAAACCACAGGUGAUAGAUUUGCCGCCGGAUGAAAUCGAACGACUCAGGGAGAUGCUUGACGAAGUGUACCCCGACGAUGAGGACGAGGAUGAAGCGCACCCGCUCAGUGACGUGAUGCUCAGGUACUGGGGUCGCAAGCCCAACGCAAGGGACUGCAUGAUGCAGCUUAUAGAUAAGAUUCGAAAAGAAAAGGAGACGACCGAUGACGACGUAGAGGUUUGCAAGAAGCUAGGAUUAGAGCCGCCCCCAACCAUCAAGCACGAACUUGCAUCCGCCAUGCUCAGGGAAAUGUUUAACAUGAGAGAGAAGCCGAGGUCGUUCAUGCAGACUUUGGUGGAUGCAAUUGGCCUGAGCAAAUUGAUACAAUAUGUCCGCGGGAAGAAGGAAACGGAAGUGAAGAGCAAGUGGCCAUUUGGCAUAGAGCUCAAAGACCCCAAUAUGGAAAUCACGCCACUCAGCGAGAACGCUCUAAGAGGGUACAUGGGGCUGCCGUAUUACGACCACGUUGCGGAUUUGGCGAAACGUAACCCUGAAAACGCCAGAAGGAUAUUAACCAUCGUACAUCGCAUAUACAAACCGCCGAUACUGUUUAUCGACCUCCACCCCGAACGCGAACACACAGACCAAGAUUUGUAUAUGGACUCAGAGAACCUCAAAAGGGCACAGGGAGAGGCGUACAAACACUUCGUAAACACGUAUCCGGACCUCAAGUGGCCAGUUGAUGAUCAGGGAUUCUUGGAUAUAUACAACGCGUGGUACCCGGAGGACAAAGCUGUGCCUGCAGACUCACUACCAGAGCUCAUGAGGGAGGAGUACGGGCCUGGAAUGAACCUUAUCCCGCCAAACUUCUACUACAGGUUCAUAGGUGUGCCGGCCAUAAGCUGUGCUGCCGGGGCAGCUUUUGGCGGGUUGUUGUCACAGGCAAUUCUUGGUGCUGCCGGAGUGGUGGGUGGUAUCAGCGCGCAGAAUAUGGUGCAUGGUAUAGUCGGUCCUAAGGUGUGCUCUGUCGCUCUGGCAGGCGCCGCGCUAGCUGGAUUGUCGAGGGACAUGACAGUAAAAGGAGAUUUAUUCAACGUAGCCCUCAAAAACCUUGUUGACAACGCAUUCGAAAACCCGCAAUCAGUCAUCAGCGCAGCGUACAGUGGGCUUAUUCCGAAGGACGAUGUGGUCAGGGGCUUGGAAAAGUUCACCAUACACUGCACGCUGACGGCAUUCAGCAGGGCAAUGCGGUUGGCGAGAGAAGGGAAAGGGAUAAAAACGUGGAACCUCCUGGCGAAGCAGUUAGGGCGGGUGGCAGAAAUUUGCUUGCCGAUAUGUGGCGCAUCCGUCUAUCGCGUGGUAUACUCUGCAGCAUGCGACCUCGCCGCAUCCAGUGACCUGCCGUACGCUUAUGGGGGCGAAGUAUUGGGCAGGGAGAUUUCAGGCGAUCCGGAGUUUUCUGAUGACGACUAUACGCACCUGCACGAAGAAGGGUACAAAGAAUUGGGUAUACCGAUGCCCGACGUGGCGAAAUUCGAGCGUACUGCCAUGCUGUUUACAACAUUCGUUCUGCAGGCGUUCGGCAGCAUCCAGAAUUUCAAACGGAAGUCAGACGAAGAGAUAGACAAGUACAAAGAAUUCGUGAGAGCCAUCAAGGAGUUGGAUGUGUCAGAUGAUGCAUGGGACAACCUCAAGGAUCAGCCAAUGGCGCCGUCGACGCUUGACGACCUGGAAAAGUUUGCAAGGGAACUCGACCAAAUUGGGGGCAAGUUCAAGAGGAUCACGCUGCAGAGAGAAUAUGGCGUGGAUACUCACGACGAAUUCAUCGGCGAAUCGGAUGAAGAGAAACAUAUCAGGAUGCAAAUUGAGCUGCAGGAAGCCAGGGAUGCGGUAACCGAUUUGGCCCAUAAGGUAGGGUACAAGUUGGAGAUGCUGAAGGCGCUCUCCAUUGCGUUGCAUGUUAGGGAGGAAUGGCUGCUGCCGAAAUAUACCCAGUUUCUCAAGCAGCAGUGUGUGGAAUUCAUUGCUGCCGAAAUCAGAAAUAAGACGGGUAACUUAGAGAAAAUGAUACAAGGGUUCCAUAUAGCGAAAAAGCACAAUGAGGAGAUCAAAAACGACGCGAUGUUCUAUCUUGCCCAGCAGUUGCACGAAGCCAACGCACUAAACCACGAUGAAGUGCUGGAAAUGGCAAGGGUUGCGAAUAUAUCCGAGCAGGUGGCGCUUGACGCCUGCAGUGUGGCCUUGUUCCAGAACCUCAGAGAUGAGUUAGCGACGUGGGACCUCACAGCAGUAACCCCAGACCAAAUAAGGGAGAUAAUGCAGCGCUAUAGGUGCAGAGACCUGGUUUUCGUCAAUGCUAUAUGCGAGGUAAUCAAGAAGACAGCUGCAGAGGCGAAAAAAGAAAUGAUCAAUGCGAGAAACAAACUUAAUUGGAACCUCGUCGAAAAAUACAUGACUGUACUGUUACGAGGCCGAAACGCUGUCGUAAAUGCGGCUGCGGACACCAUUGACUGCAAGCUGUGGUAUCGGCUUGAGCGCGCUUUCAGGAACAACCUCCAGUACAUUGAUCCCAAUCUCGACAGGUACCGCAUUCUAGGUACCGGUAAGGUGGCCAAAAUUGAAAACGCCGACUGGGAGAUGCUCGACCCACCGCCCAAAAAGUCGGAGUGGAAACAGCUCGUGGAAGACUGGGAAGCAGACUUGAAGAACGUGGAACCUCUCAAGAUCACAGGCGAAGAUAACCUGACUCCCAUACCGCUGCAGAUGGAGCUCUCGAGGAUGGUUGAGAAGGGGGAACUAGACCCCAGGCUAGAAUGCAUACCAAACGAGUUCCACGUCGGCGAGAGGCCCAAACAAUGGGAAUAUGAACCUGAUUUCAAGUAUCCCGAGGACCCGUACGCCCUUCAACGCCCUAUAAUAGACAGUAGAUUGGCCUACGCAUGCUGGGUCGUGUAUUGCUACCGAAAGAGGGCCGUCAAGGAGGAAGACGUCAAGACUGUUCUGACAAUAUUCCCGUUUUUAGAAAAGUUAGUGGAGAAGAGUGAUGUACACUGGCGUCGGCUGUACGCCAGACAGAGACUGAGGCAGAAGGACAGCUUGGGGUCAAACGUCGAUUGGUGCAAGGAAUUGGACUGCGACGAAGAGAUGGCCCAAAAUGUCUGCGCCAUAGCCUACGAAGAAGAUCUGCUGAAGCGUACCGGUGCUUACGUGGAACACAUCGAGGAUGACAUCGGCGAUGUAGAAGAUCGCUAUUUCAAUCCUUUCGACCCAUCAGUGUACAAUAGGAUAACGUAUCUGUACUCGUCGAACGUCCCGUCCGAGCUGGAGUUGGAGAACAUCAAAAAGAUACAAGCGUUCUUCAAGCUCACGCCGCAAAAGAUCGAGGAAAUACACACAAAAUGCUUCUCGCAUGCGCUGGACCUGCAUUGCGGAGCUGUGAUGAAGCGUUCGCCGCAGGAUUGGCCGAAGGCUGUAGAGGAGGAGCUGAAGCCGCUCGCCAAGGAACUCCUCAUACAGGAAACCCCGUUCAACAUGAUACUCCGCAAGACCGAGUACGACUACCUGAUAGUGGAAGCGAAUAAAUUAAUGAUGAAACGCACACCAGGUCGGCAGUUCCUAGACAUGUGCGAAUUCAUAAUCAACGAAUUUAAAAGGCUAGGGGUAAUGUACAUGGUAGAUGGAAAACGCAGGAUGCGUUUUACAAUUAGGGCUCAAAACAAUGCUAUCAUGGAAGAGAUCAUUGGAGCCUUCAUUAUAUCGCUUGUCGACGUAUACGGCACUGUGGACCAGGAAAAACUAAACGAACAGUGCGCCAUAUAUGGCCUCAUCAAAGAUCAGAGGAAGGAAGUGCUCAACCGACUAGGCAGGAAGUUCUAUCACCAUUUCUUGCAGAAAUUCAGCGACGAGGAACUCUGCCUAGAAUCACUUAACGAAGUUGAGCACCUACACAAGGCGUACGAGCUGGGGCCAAAGGAUGUGGAAGAAAUUUACAAAACACACGUAGGCAUCCGUAUACGUGAGUGGUAUGAUCCGGAGAGCGGCCUCGAUGCAAUGAAGAAGCUAGUCACCAUACUCCGGGGGCAGGACUUCAACAAGUUCAUACCGUUUGAGAGGUCAAGACGGAUACACUGGUUCAUCAAUAUCAUCAACGAUUGCAUUAACCUCGGGCAGGAAAAGGCAGAAACAAGGAUAUUCACGUACACGAUAGAGGACUUCUUCGCACUACACUUCGAAGGAGGGGAGGAAAACUUUGACACACUGCAGGGGAUUGUCAACCUGUCCAUACGCAUUCUCAGCCUAACGCCAGAAGAAUUGCGCGAGGCGAGGAUCAUCGUAGGCGAGGAAAUUGGCGCAACUGCACUGGAUAACGUCCGGCAACGCCUAUUGACCAGAGAUGGCAUAUAUGCUGCCGACGGUGAAAUGUCCAAGUUCAUCCGGGCGCUCUCAAUGGCACCUCACGACGCACUACAGAUUGUCAAGAAAGAGCUACCGCAUAUCAAAAACCCUGAGGAACUCAGAAAAGUGAUCAUGUUGCUACCGUGCGCCGACGAAGCGCUGGCGAAGAGCAUCAGGUUGAUAGACGAACUAAUGCCCGUGUCAUAG